AUGGGAGCCGAGUUAUGGGAUCCGUACCUUGCAAGAUUCAAGGCUCGACUCUUGCAAGAACCGUCAGAGACUGGUGAGGCUUCCGGAGCAGCAGAGGGAGAUGGCGAGGAGAUUGCUCAUCAGCCAAGCAUAUAUGUACUGGACACUCCAGGUGUACUGGUUCCAAGUAUCCCCGAUAUAGAGACAGGACUAAAGCUUGCUCUUGCAGGGUCUGUGAAAGAUUUAGUGGUUGGAGAAGAGCGUAUUGCCCAGUACUUACUUGCAGUUUUAAAUACCCGAGGGACUCCUUUUCAUUGGAAGCACUGGAACAACAGAAGAGCAGAAGGAAUUCGAUAUGAUUCUGCUGAAACAGUGGAACACAUUCUUAAAGAUCUUCGAUCAAGGAGAAAACCGCAGGAUAAGUCUAGUGUUCUAUACAUUGAGGUAAAUACCUUUUCUGUUUUUCCAGGAGUUGCAAUUUCAAUGGUUGAUAUCUUGAGGUUGCUACUUCUUGAAUAG